AUGAAGCCGCAUCUGUAUCAAUCGCCUGCCCCGGUUUCCAGCAGCUCGAAGCUUUCAGCGCUACCGCCAUCGGCUGACAGGGAACAUCGGUGGAGUAACGAGUUAUUCAUCAGCGAGAAGGAAGACAGCACGCUGCACACUGCGUCCUGCUCGCUUGUGCUUGACGAUUACGCGUGCAAGUGCCAGAAGAUGAUCGACGGGACGAUCCCCUUCCACCCGAGCCAGAUCUGCAACGCCAACGGAAGUUUCUUCCACGCUCACAGCCGCGUCUUCACGUCUUCCAACGCCAGCAGUCUGCAGUACGCGCAACUCAAGCUGAUGUCUCCACUGACACUGGUCAACAACUGCGGCGUGCCGAUCAUCGCAGUGUUGUUCGCACUGAAAAAGGUGCGGCGCACUACCGGAGCCGCUGCCGACAGUGAAGACGCGCAUGUCGUCUCCUCCCAAGUGAUUCCUCCCCACGGUCGGGUUGACACGCUUUCGUCCGCUCUCCAAGAUGAGACGUACUGCUCGAUAUCCAUGACGGGCGCCAGUUGGAGUCGGCUCUUCCGAAUCCCCAGUGUCUUGGAUGCAGCGGAGGAGGCUGUAAAGCCCACGAUCCCCGCCUCUGCCUUGAAAGCCAUCUCGUCAUUGCCACUGAAGCCGGGAACUAACAGCAACAACGUCGUACUGUCGCUCUUGGAUUUCCAGUCAAGGACAGCGACGUUGAACGUAUCGUUCGACAGCAAGGAGACGCGAGAGAAGAACGCGGGCCACUUCAUGGUAGUGCAGCCGCGCUUCCUCCUUCGGAACGCAACGUCCCUCCCUCUGGUGUUCUCGCCGCAGCCCAAAUUGAUCGAGAAGAUCCCUGGUACAAAGUCCAUGAUGGCUCGGUUCGCCAAGUCUCCGUUCUCUCCGUCCAGGAAGAAGCAGACGGAGGAAUGCUGCGGCUCGCCGGAGAUGGAGAAAAUCCACGCAAAGUUAAACGCGCUUCAGGACCAGGCGGUGUCUGAAGACGCGAUCGAUGAGGACGAGCUGCAGGCGCAUUACUACUCGGAAGUGAGUGCGAUCAUGGUGCAGCUGGAGGGCAACACGCAGCAGUCGUCCAGCGCCCAGGACAUCAGUCUGGAAGUAGGGGCCAACACCUUACUCCGCGUGUACAACGAAGCCACCAAACGCUACCACGAUAUCGUCGCGCUGUUCAAACAAGUGGGCGGCUCCAGCUCGACGGUCGUCACGUUCGUGGAGCGAUACUUACUACUGAACCAGACCGAUCACGAGCUAUUGGCCUCGGCAGUGUACGACAUCUCGGCUGCUAAGAAGGGUCCAGCAGACGACAAGAAGAUCCUCGUUGCGCCACCUCGCUCCACGUCCGAGUUCAGCUGGUGGGCGCACUCGUCCAUUCCUUCGGACACGUGCAUCCGACUGAAAGUCCGGAGUCCCCCAAGUGGAACUCCCCAAGCUGAAGACUAUCAGUGGAGUGGCAAGUUCUCGCUGCAUGACGUCAGCGAGACGGCGUUGAAAGUCAGCACCCCCGACGCCUCUCGCAUUUGUGUCUUGCGCGUGCAAGUUCGCGUCGAAGCAGCGGUUCAAGUCUGCGUCGUGGUCACCAGCGAAAAUGUGGCGGAGUUCCCACUGUACCGGAUCAUCAACUCGUGCGCGCGCGAGACGAUCUGGUUCAAGCAGAUCUUCGACGGCGUCAAGAAGGACGCGUCGGCCUUCCAGCGUGGAGUCAUGCAGUGCUUGGCACCGGGUGAGAGCGUCUGCUUUGGCUGGGACGAAGCCUAUUUCCUGGGUACUCCCAACCGUGAGAUCAGUGUCUGGUACGCACCGAAAGACGGCACGACCUCGUCCGACUACCACAGCUCCAUCUUGCUGGACCAGCCAGGAGAGUCGCAGCAGGUCGAGAUCCCGUCAAAGGCCGCCUUACCCAAAGCUCCGAGCCGAGUGUACGUGCGUUGGCACCUGCAGGGGCUCACCAAGACUAUGGUGGCUCAAGAUGAGCCUCUUAACCGGAAGGAAAGGGCGGGGAAGCAGACUCGACAGCUCGUAGCAGCACACGGAGAGACCGAGAGGUCCACGACGCCAGGAUUCACGUCGGAGGUGGUGGCGCACUUCCGCUUGCCGCACUUUGGGGUUUCAUUCGUGACGAGUACACCGGACGAGCUGCUUCUCUUCUCGGGACAGGAUGUGGACAUCGCGUACGCCAACAUCAACAACGACCACGACCAGUGCGAGGUCAAGAUCGGGUGCUUCCAGCUCGAUAACCAACUCACUGGAGCCAUUUACCCCGUCGUGGUCGCGCCCAUCUUGAAGAAAGGCAGCGGGUGCGUUGGCUUCCGUAAUGAGGCGUCGGCACCUUCGCCUGAGAAGUCGAAGAGCGCUGAAGUCCGAUCCGCACAGGGGACUGAGAACGGAGACGAAGCUGACAACGGGGAGAAGAGCGACGCGAAGUCUGGAGCGCGGUCGAACAGGCCCCACUUCUUCCACUUGUCCAUCCUCCGCUUGAGUUACGACGAGAACACGGACUACAUCAAGUACUUCUCGGCCAUGAUGCAACCCGCCCGGAUCCAGAUCGAUGAGGCCUUCUUGCUCGCCAUCGCUGCGUUCGUCACGGACUGCUCCAAAGCCUUGGAGAGGAAUUAUCCUCCAGAGCGACGACGUCUCACGAGUGAAGCGUCGAAGGUGCAGUCCAGAGGCUCGCCGGAGAAAAGGUUCACCGCGAACUCUGAGCGGAGGAUCUACAUUGAGACGCUGCAGCUCCAUCCGGUUAAGGUCCAGCUCAGCAUCACGAUCCUCAACCACUACGGGGAGGCGGAUGAGUCGGCAACGGGGUUGGCGUCGCUCGUUAAGCUCCCGAUAGCGGUUACGAAGGCGCUGCUGAGCUCAACGUUCUCGCAGAUCGACAGCGCGACGCUAUACUUGAACGCGCUGCAUCUGAACCACGCGUUCGCCUCCGGUGCCUUCUUGAUGUCGACCGUGCAGCAGCACUACAUGCUGCAAGGAAUGCGUCAGAUCUACUCGUUGGUAGGAGCUGCCGACAUCCUGGGCAAUCCUGUGGGUCUCGUGACCAACCUUGGCGUGGGCGUGAAGGACUUCUUCUACGAACCCGCCGCGGGACUCGUGACAUCUCCACAAGAGUUUGUGCUUGGACUCUCGCGCGGAACUACCAGCCUCUUCACCCACUCACUGUAUGGUGCGUUCAAUGCUGCGAGUAAGGUGACGGGGACGCUGUCCGAGGGCAUCGCGACGCUGUCACUGGAUCACAAAUACUUGGCUGAACGCCGCGCGCAGGGUCCGCGGAAGCAGGUUGCCACGCACAUUGGAACGGGGUUAAUUCAUGGUACGAAGCAGCUUGGAAAGGGAAUCUUCGCUGGCGUUACGGGUGUCAUUACAGCUCCUACACAAGGCGCAAUCCACGGUGGGCUCCCAGGAUUCAUCGAGGGAGUCGGCAAGGGGCUCAUCGGGGUCGCAGUCAAACCUGCAGCCGGAGUACUAGACCUAGCAGCCACCACAGCAGCGGGGAUCACCGCAACAACCUCAGCGUUAGACCGUCGUACAGGACUGGGGAAAGAAGUUUACCGCCGUCGUGAGCCACGACUGCUUCGAGUGACCAGCGACCAGCGAGUCCGAGUGUACACGCCCGCGGACGCGCUGGUGUCUCGACUGCUGCUGACUUUGCCGCUGAAGUUCAAGCUGCAGCUUCCCAACGAGCUGUACGACGCGCACAUUUUCCUGCCAAAUGCCCGCAUCCUGGUGGCGACUUCACUGCGUCUUCUUCUGCUCGAGUUCGCGUCGGAAGGAACGCUUGCAACGCUAACAACCGCCCUCAUGUCGUCAACGUCGAUUCCGCCGCCGCUGGUGCUCUGGAGUCACCCCUUAUCAAAACUGAUAGGAGCCCAGCGCACGCCCAAUGGAGCAGCCGUGCACAUGGGCUCGAGCGCAACCGAUGCAGAGCUGAUGGAGGCAGGAGCUGAGAAGUCGAAUGGCGACGUCAGCACCUUCGCAGUUCCAGACCUAGAAGAGUUGAGCAGCUCAGGUUGUGACCGCGUGCUGUCGUUCCUGACGGAGCUGGUGGUUCGACACCAACGAGCCACAGCGACCUGCUUCGGCACUGGAGCAGACACACAACCCGGAUUAGAAAACUAG